AUGCCUUUGCACCAGCGCACCUCUGCUAGCCCUACCAAGAGGAGCAGCUCCUCUGUCAGGAGCUCAUCCUCGGUUAGAAGCACUACAUCUUCAUCCUCCUCCUCUAAUAAUAAGUCAAGGGCCUUGACUGUUCAAGACCAUGAUUACGAAUAUCAAUUCGAUAUGGAAUCCGAGCUCCGCGAUGAUCUCCAAAAGGCAAACACAGAACUUAACAAGGCCAAUGCCGAAAACGAUAAACUCAGCGAUCAGAACGACAAGCUCAAGGCCACCAUUGAGCAGCUUACCCGCAAGCUGAACGAGUCCAAGACGUCACUCGAAGAAACCACUCGCAAGCUGAACGAGUCCACCAUCUCAUGCCGUGAACUCAAGGCCCAAGUUGAGGGUGCCCGAUCCGAGGCUGAUGUCCUCCGAGAAGACAACCGUCGCCUCAACAACGACUUCGAGGAACUCAAGGGUGACAAGCGCCGCCUCAACAGCGAGUGCGACGAACUCAAGGAGGUAAAGGAAUCUCUUGAAAAGGAUAAUGAGCGCGUCAAGUUCGAGCAUCACGACCUCGAGCAGCGCUUCAUCGGCCUCCAGGCCAAGCAUGAGAACCUCACCAUGCGCCACAACGCUGUGAGUAGCCAGGUUACCUCGUCUGCCCUGACAAGCCCCAUGACGAGCCCCAUGCCGAGCCCCCUUCCUGCCCCUCUCCCCGAGGCUCGCAAGAACCCUUCUCGUCCUUCUAGCAAGGCCUCAAGCAAGGCUUCCAGCAAGGUUUCCAGCAAGUCUGUAACCAAGCGAGAGCCCCGUGAGGACCGCCACCGUGAACAGGAGGAUCGCCACCAGUCUGAACGUGAAGAGAACCCUCGUGAUGAGCAACCUCGUGAGCGCCGCCAUCGUGAGGAUCGCGAACGUCGUACCCACGACCGCGACGAUCGAGGUCGUCAGCGCAGCGAAAAGCCCAAGGACAAGGACAGAUUUGAGGCCAAGGAACGCUUGUCGAAGCGGUUUGAUGAGCGACCCUCCGUGGCACCUCGUCAGACCAGCUUCAUCGAGCCAUGGGGUCCCGGAGGUUGGUCUCCUCGCUAUGAAGCUCCCCCCAGCGACCUUGACGCUUACGGUCAAAUGACAUUAGGACGCAAGGCUGCCAGUGUUGUGUCUAGCGGGGCGUACUCCAAUGUCCCUCGCACGACCAGCAUUGUCAAUGGUCACUUCAGCAGUGACAGCAGCGCAUACGAUGAUGAGCGGUAUGAGGAUGGUUCUUACCAUCCCUACCCCAUCCCCAACUAA